CGUGGAUGUAAGGAGACUGGUGUUGGGGAGGUCUGUGUGCAGCUCCAGUCGCUUUCCCCUCUUCGAGCUUAGUGAUGGUUGAGUCCAGCUCCUUCUGCUGGUAGCAUACAGUGUGUCUGCUGCGAUCCUUCUCUCUCUCUCUCGUCCCCAGCAAUUCCUCCUUCCCUGGCUCUGGAUCCCUUGUCCCUGCUGCUCUCUCCGGCUCCUCAGUCGCUGUCCUUUCAGCACCACGGUCUCCCCUCAGCAGUAUCCUGCAGCUCCGACAGCCUUAUCCCUGCAGUGGCUCCCAGCUUUGCAUUAUGACAUGAAAGCCAACUCCAGCUGCCGCCAGUCCUUCUUUUUCUUCUUUUUGAACCUGGAUCACUCGAUUUUCUGGCGAUUUGGUUCAUUCUGUUUCAUCAGUGACAGUUCUUGGGAACGGUAAAUUGUCGCCGCAAAAGCCAUUUGGAUGUGUGGGGAAAAUACAGACAUGACUGCGUUGGGGAAAUUGAAGUAUCUGCUGUUUGUGUGCAUAGGGUUCAUCACUGCAGCUAAGGGACAAAAUUGUGGAGGUUUAGUACAAGGUCCAAAUGGUACAAUCGAAAGUCCUGGGUUUCCACAUGGGUAUCCAAACUAUGCGAACUGCACGUGGAUAAUAAUAACUGGUGAGAGAAACAGGAUUCAAUUGUCAUUUCACAUCUUUGCCCUGGAGGAAGAUUUUGAUAUUUUAUCAGUUUACGAUGGACAGCCUCAACAAGGAAAUUUAAAAGUCAGACUAUCAGGAUUCCAGCUUCCAUCAUCAAUAGUAAGCACAGGCUCAAUUCUCACACUUUGGUUCACAACUGAUUUUGCUGUCAGUGCACAAGGAUUUAAAGCUGUAUAUGAAGUGUUGCCAAGUCAUACCUGUGGAAAUCCAGGAGAAAUACCUAAAGGGGUUCUUCAUGGAACAAGAUUCAAUAUUGGAGAUAAAAUUCGAUACAACUGUGUUGCUGGCUAUAUUCUUGAAGGACAUUCAACUUUGACAUGUAUUGUAAGUCCAGGAAAUGGUGCUUCAUGGGACUUUCCAUCCCCAUUUUGCAGAGCUGAAGGAGCAUGUGGCGGGACUUUACGAGGAACAAGUGGAAUCAUUUCAAGUCCUCACUUCCCCUCGGAAUAUGAAAACAAUGCAGAUUGCACAUGGACUAUCCUUGCUGAACCUGGGGACACUAUUGCGCUGGUGUUUACAGAUUUUCAACUGGAAGAAGGAUACGAUUUCUUAGAAAUAAGUGGGACUGAAGCUCCAUCAAUAUGGUUAACUGGGAUGAACCUGCCCUCUCCAGUUAUAAGCAAUAAGAAUUGGCUGCGCCUCCAUUUUACAUCUGACAGCAAUCAUAGGAGGAAAGGAUUUAAUGCCCAGUUCCAAGUAAAAAAGGCAAUCGAACUGAAAUCUAGAGGGGUAAAGAUGUUGCCCAGCAAAGAAAGUAACCACAAGAAUUCUGUCUUAAGUCAAGGUGGUGCACCAACAGCUAUGGACAUGUGCCCUGAUCCUGGCAUUCCAGACAAUGGGAAAAGAACAGGCUUCGAUUUCAGAUUGGGUGCCAAUGUCCAAUUUUCCUGUGAUGAUAAUUAUGUGUUACAAGGCUCGAAGAGUAUUACUUGUCAGAGAGUGACUGACACACUUGCUGCAUGGAGUGAUCAUAGACCAAUCUGCCGAGCACGGACAUGUGGUUCUAAUCUACAAGGUCCAGCCGGCAUAAUUACCUCACCUAAUUAUCCAGUUCAAUAUGAAGACAAUGCACAUUGUGUUUGGGUGGUAACAAGUCUAGACCCAGACAAGGUAAUCAAGAUUUCUUUUGAAGUAUUCGAGCUGGAGAGGGGUUAUGAUACCCUAACUGUAGGGGAUGGUGGAAAAGUAGGUGACACAAGAUCAGUUUUAUACGUUCUUACAGGUUCUAGUGUUCCGGAUCUCAUUGUUAGCAUGACCAACCAAAUUUGGCUCCAUCUACAAUCAGAUGACAGCAUUGGGUCACCAGGAUUUAAAGCUGUAUAUCAAGAAAUUGACAAAGGUGGAUGUGGAGACCCAGGAAUUCCAGUGUAUGGGAAAAGGAAUGGCAGCAGUUUCUUGCAUGGAGACAUUCUAACGUUUGAAUGUCAGUCAGCUUUUGAACUUGUCGGUGAAAAAACAAUCACAUGUCAACAAAAUAACCAGUGGUCUGGAAAUAAACCAAGCUGUGUCUUUUCAUGUUUCUUUAAUUUUACCACACCUUCUGGAAUUAUUCUUUCACCAAACUAUCCUGAAGAAUAUGGAAACAACAUGAACUGUGUGUGGUUAAUAAUAUCUGAGCCAGGAAGCAGGAUUCAUCUAAUCUUCAAUGACUUUGAUGUGGAACCACAGUUUGAUUAUGUCGCUGUAAAGGAUGAGGGCAUUACUGAAUUGCCUGCUCCUGGUACAUUUUCAGGAAAUGAAGUACCCUCUCAGAUUGCAAGCAAUAGCCAUGUUGUUCGUUUAGAAUUUCAAUCAGAUCACUCAACUACUGGAAGAGGAUUUAAUAUUACCUAUACAACUUUUGGUCAAAAUGAAUGUCAUGAUCCUGGAAUCCCUACAAAUGGAAGAAGGUUUGGAGAUAGAUUUCUUCUUGGAAGCUCAGUAUCUUUUCAUUGUGAUGAAGGCUUCAUUAAAACACAAGGGUCUGAGUCCAUCACUUGUAUUAUACAGGAGGGCAAUGUUGUAUGGAGUGCUUCUGUUCCAAGAUGUGAAGCUCCAUGUGGAGGACACUUAACAGCAUCAAGUGGAAUUAUCAUUCCUCCUGGCUGGCCAGGUUAUUACAAAGAUUCCUUGAACUGUGAAUGGGUGAUUGAAGCAAGAACUGGACAUUCAGUUAAAAUUAGUUUUGAAAGAUUUCAGACUGAAGUAAACUAUGACAUUCUUGAAGUGCGGGAUGGCCCAGCCAACUCUUCGCCAUUGAUCGGAGAGUAUCAUGGAACCCAAGCACCCCAAUUUCUCAUUAGUACAGGAAAUUAUAUGUAUCUUCUAUUUGUAACUGAUAACAGCCGUUCCAAUGUUGGCUUUCUAAUUCGCUAUGAAAGUGUUACUCUGGAGUCUGAUUCUUGCCUUGACCCAGGCAUUCCAAUAAAUGGUCAUCGGCAUGGAAAAUACUUUGGUAUUGGUUCCUCUGUGACUUUUACCUGUGAUUCUGGUUAUAUUUUAAGUGAUGAUGAACCAUUAAUUUGUGAAAGGAACCAUCAGUGGAACCAUGCAUUGCCCAGUUGUGAUGCUUUAUGUGGGGGAUACAUUCAUGGAAGAUCUGGGAAAAUUCUUUCCCCAGGUUUUCCUGAUUUUUAUCCAAACUCUCUAAAUUGUACCUGGACAGUUGAAGUAUCCCAUGGAAAAGGUGUACAGCUGGUAUUUCACACCUUUCACCUUGAAAGCUCCCAUGACUAUCUGUUAAUAACAGAGGAUGGCAGUUUUAUUCACCCUGUAGCCAGACUGACAGGUUCAGUUCUACCACCUACUAUAAAAGCUGGACUUUUUGGGAAUUUUACAGCUCAUCUCCGUUUUAUAUCCGAUUUUUCUAUUUCUUAUGAAGGAUUUAACAUUACAUUUUCAGAAUAUGACUUGGAACCUUGUGAUGAUCCAGGGGUUCCUGCUUACAGUCGAAGAAUAGGAUUUCACUUUGGAGUUGGGGACUCACUAACAUUUUCCUGCUUCCCUGGAUAUCGUUUGGAGGGUGCUAAUAAACUCAGCUGCUUGGGAGGUGGCCGAAGAGUGUGGAGUACACCUCUUCCAAGGUGUGUGGCUGAAUGCGGAGCAACAGUUAUUGGAAAUGAAGGAACACUGCUAUCUCCCAAUUUCCCAGCAAACUAUGACAACAACCAUGAGUGCAUCUACAGAAUAGAGACUCAGCCAGGGAAGGGAAUUUACCUAAGAGCCAGAACUUUUCAACUAUAUGAUGGAGAUAUCCUAAAGGUCUAUGAUGGAAAAGACAGUUCUUCUCGACUCCUGGGAGCAUUCACAAAAAAUGAGUUAAUGAACGUAAGACUCAACAGUACAUCAAACCAUUUGUGUAUAGAAUUUAACACCAAUGGAACAGACACUGAUCUUGGAUUCCAUCUCACAUAUAGUAGCUUUGAUCUAAUAAAAUGCGAAGAUCCAGGAAUACCCAACUAUGGUUACAAGAUUCGUGAUGAAGGUCAUUUUGCUGAUACAACUAUUAUGUAUAGUUGUAAUCCUGGGUAUACGAUGCAUGGAAGCAGCAUACUGAGCUGUCUAAGUGGAGAUCGUAGAGUGUAUAAACCUCUACCAACAUGCACUGCUGAAUGCGGAGGUCAAAUUUAUGCUGUAGCAUCAGGACGCAUUCUGUCUCCUGGUUACCCAGCACCAUAUGAAAAUAAUGUACAUUGCACAUGGAUUCUUGAAGCAGAUCCAGGGAAAACCAUUAGCCUUCACUUUAUAGUUUUUGACACUGAAGUCUCACAUGAUAUCCUUAAGGUAUGGGAUGGACCUGUAGACAGCAAUGUUCUCCUAAAAGAGUGGAGUGGUUCGUCUCUCCCUGAGGACAUCCACAGCACAUUCAACUCUUUGACGUUACAAUUUGAUAGUGAUUUUUUCAUCAGCAAGUCUGGUUUUUCCAUACAAUUUUCAACCUCAGUUGCAUCAACAUGUAAUGAUCCUGGAAUUCCUCAAAAUGGUUCUAGAUAUGGAGACAGCAGGGAACCUGGAGACACAAUCAAUUUUCAGUGUGACCCUGGCUAUCAAUUACAAGGACAAGCAAAAAGUACAUGCGUGCAGCUAAAUAAUAGAUUUUUUUGGCAGCCAGACCCACCAUCUUGUAUAGCUGUAUGCGGUGGAAACUUGACAGGCCCAGCAGGGGUUAUUUUAUCACCAAACUACCCUCAGCCAUAUCCUCCUGGAAAAGAGUGUGACUGGAGAAUAAAAGUAAAUCCAGACUUUGUCAUUGCCUUGAUAUUCAAAAGUUUUAACAUGGAACCCAGUUAUGACUUUCUACAUAUAUAUGAAGGUGAAAGCUCUAACAGCCCUAUAAUUGGAAGUUUUCAAGGCUCACAUGCACCAGAAAGAUUAGAAAGCAAUGGAGACAGUCUGUUUCUGGCAUUUCGUAGUGAUGCAUCCGUUGGCAUGUCUGGAUUCGCCAUUGAAUAUAAAGAAAAGCCCAGAGAAGCUUGUUUUGAUCCAGGCAAUAUAAUGAAUGGCUCUCGAAUUGGAACAGAUUUUAAACUUGGAUCUACAGUAACUUAUCAGUGUGACCAAGGUUACAAAAUUAUCGAGCCUGCAACAAUUAGCUGUGUGAUUGGAGCAGAUGGGAAGCCUGCAUGGAACAAGAGUUUGCCAUCAUGUAAUGCUCCCUGUGGUGGGCAGUACAUGGGAGUUGAUGGAGUGGUUUUAUCCCCAAACUACCCAAAUAAUUACACUUCUGGACAGAUCUGCCAUUAUUCAAUAACCGUUCCCAAAGAGUUUGUUGUGUUCGGCCAAUUUGCCUAUUUUCAGACAGCAUUAAAUGACUUGGUUGAACUUUUUGAUGGUGCCCAUCCUCAGUCAAGACUGCUCAGUUCCCUCUCAGGGAGCCACACAGGGGAGACAAUGCCAUUAGCUACGUCUAAUCACAUCCUCCUGAGAUUCAGCACAACGAAUGGUGGCCCUGCCAAGGGAUUUCAUUUUGUUUACCAAGCGGUACCACGUACUAGUGAUACGCAGUGUAGCUCUGUUCCUGAACCCAGAUAUGGCAGAAGAAUUGGUUCUGAAUUCUCAGCAGGUUCCGUCAUCCGAUUUGAAUGCAACCCUGGCUACUUACUUCAAGGGUCUAAAGCUAUUCAUUGUCAGAGGGUACCAAAUGCUUUAGCACAAUGGAAUGAUACUGUGCCCAGUUGUAUAGUUCCAUGCAGUGGAAAUUUCACAGAGAGGAGAGGAACAAUAUUAUCCCCUGGCUUCCCUGAGCCUUAUGGUAACAGUUUAAACUGCGUUUGGAAAAUUAUAGUGACUGAAGGAUCAGGAAUUCAGAUACAAGUUUUAAGUUUUGCAACAGAACACAACUGGGAUUCACUUGAGAUAUAUGAUGGCUCUGAUAUGGCUGCACCAAGACUUGGGAGUUUUUCUGGGACUACUGUUCCAGCUUUGCUAAACAGCACAUCCAACCAGCUUUACCUGCAUUUCCAUACUGAUAUAAGUGUUUCAGCUUCUGGGUUUCAUCUGGAAUAUAAAACUGUAGGACUUACUGCUUGUCCAGAACCAUUGUUACCAACCAAUGGUAUAAAUGUUGGAGACCGAUAUAUGGUUAAUGAUGUGGUAUCUUUCCAAUGUGAGCCUGGAUACACAUUACAGGGGCAUUCACAUAUAUCAUGCAUGCCUGGUACGGUACGUCGUUGGAAUUAUCCUUCUCCUCUGUGUAUUGCUAAGUGUGGAGGAACAUUGACAAAUAUGGGUGGAGUGAUUUUAAGCCCAGGCUUUCCAGGAAACUACCCAAGCAAUUUAGAUUGCACCUGGAAGAUGAUAUUACCAGUAGGCUAUGGUGUUCACAUACAAUUUGAAAAUUUUUCGACUGAGGCUAAUCAUGACAUUCUUGAAAUCCAAAAUGGACCUUAUUAUACAAGUUCUCAAAUUGGGCAGUUUAGUGGUACUGAACUUCCAUCAUCUUUGCUCAGCACAACUCAUGAAGUUCUCAUUCACUUUUUCAGUGACCAUUCUGAAAAUCGACAAGGGUUUAAACUGGUAUACCAAGCAUAUGAAUUGCAAAACUGUCCAGAUCCUCAUCCUUUUAAGAAUGGAUACAGCAUUAAUUCUGAUUAUAGCGUGGGACAAUCAAUAUCUUUUGAAUGUUAUCCAGGAUAUGUUUUGAUAGGACAUGCUGUUCUUACUUGCCAACAUGGUAUUAAUAGAAAUUGGAACUAUCCCUUUCCAAAAUGUGAAGCACCUUGUGGAUAUAAUGUGUCAUCAGAGAAUGGCACCAUUUACUCACCAGGAUUUCCAGAUGAGUAUCCCAACUCAAAGGACUGUACUUGGUUUAUUUCUGUUCCACAGGGUCAUGGGGUUUAUAUUAACUUUACUUUACUCCAGACCGAACAAGUGAAUGAUUACAUUGCAGUAUGGGAUGGAAUUGAUCAGAACUCUCCCCAACUUGGAGUUUUCAGUGGAAAUACAGCUCUAGAAACAGCUUACAGCUCAUCUAACCAAGUACUUAUCAGAUUUCACAGUGACUUUUCAACUGGUGGAUUCUUUGUACUUAAUUUCCAUGCAUAUGCACUUAAAAAAUGCCAGCCUCCAACUGUUGUACCAGAAGCUGAUAUAAUUUCUGAUGAUGAUGAUUUUGAAAUAGGGGAUUUUGUCAAAUACAAGUGUCAUCCAGGGUUUACAUUAAAAGGAAAUGACAUAUUAACCUGCAAACUGAUUACCCAGCUUCAGUUUGAAGGCUCAUUACCUACUUGUGAAGCACAAUGUCCUGCAAAUGAAAUGCGUGUAGAGUCAUCAGGGGUGAUUUUAAGUCCUGGAUAUCCCUUAAACUAUCCAAAUUCUCAAACAUGUUCUUGGAGUGUAAGGGUUGAGACAGGUUACAAUAUAUCAAUUUUUGUGGAUACAUUUCAAAGUGAAAAACAGUUUGAUGAACUUGAGAUAUUUGAUGGGUCAUCUGGACAAAGCUCACUCAUUGCGGCUUUAAGUGGCAAUUUAACAGGGCAACAAAAUUAUACCAGUAAAAGCAAUAAUGUUUAUCUUCGCUGGUCAACAGAUCAUGCUACAAGUAAAAAAGGUUUCAAAAUCCGUUAUUCAGCUGCCUACUGCAGUUUGAACACAGUCAUAAAUAAUGGUGGCAUUUUGAACAAGACAGGUGUAGAAGUUGGUUCAAGAGUUUACUACUUUUGUAAACCAGGAUAUCAAAUGAUUGGGAACAGUAAUACAACAUGCAUUAGAAAUCCUAAUGGAAUGUAUGAAUGGGCUUCACAAGUGCCAAUUUGUAAGGCUAUAUCCUGUGGAAUUGCCCAGCCACCUGGAAAUGGCUCAGUUUCUGGAAAUGAGUUUACUUUAGGAAGCAAAGUGAUAUAUGAAUGUAAUGAAGGCUACAGAUUACAAUCUAGUCAACAAUCAACAGCAGUAUGUCAAGAAGAUGGAUCAUGGAGUAAUGUAGGCAAGCCACCUGUUUGUCAGCCUAUUACUUGUUCAAGCUUGGAUUCUCAACUCUCUGAACACGUCAUCUGGCAGCUGGUUUCAGGUUCAUUAAAUGAAUACAAAUCUCAAGUUUUGCUGAGUUGCAGUCCUGGUUAUUAUCUUAGAGGUUUGAGACUUCUACAAUGUAGAGCCAAUGGAACAUGGAGUGGAGAAGAUAUCAAACCAAGUUGUAUGGUUAUUUCAUGUGGCGAUCUACCUACACCUCCAAAUGGUAACAGGAUUGGAACUAUGAAUGUUUAUGGAGCAACUACAAUAUUUACUUGUAACUCUGGAUACACCCUUGUUGGCUCCCAUGUAAGAGAGUGUUUGGCUAAUGGUCUGUGGAGUGGCACUGAAACUCGGUGUCUAGCUGGUCAUUGUGGUUCUCCUGAUCCUAUAGUAAAUGGACAUAUAAGUGGUGAUGGCUUCAGUUAUCGAGACACAGUAGUCUACCAGUGUAAUCCUGGCUUUCGUCUAGUAGGCACAUCUGUUCGCAUAUGCCUUCAGGAUCACAAAUGGUCAGGACAAACACCAGUUUGUGUCUCCAUCACUUGUGGUCAUCCGGGAAAUCCAGCUCAUGGAAUUACAAAUGGAAGUGAAUUUAAUUUAAAUGAUAUAGUUAACUUCACUUGCAAUGUAGGUUACAUACUUCAAGGUUCCUUUCAAGCUCAGUGCCGUAGCAACGGAAUGUGGAGCAGCUCCUUACCCAGUUGUCGAGUGGUAAACUGUACAGAUCCUGGCUUUGUGGAAAAUGCAAUUCGUCACAGACAACAAAAUUAUCCUGAAAGUUUCCGAUAUGGAAUCAGUGUGACGUAUCAUUGUAAAAAGGGUUACUACCUUCUAGGAUCUUCUGUUCUUAACUGCAAGGCAAUUGGCCUGUGGGACAGGUCAUUGCCCAAAUGUAUCCCAAUAUCGUGUGGUCAUCCUGGAGUUCCAGCUAAUGCUGUUCUAAGUGGAGAUACAUUUACAUAUGGGUCAAGAGUCCAUUACUCUUGCACUGGAUCUCAUGUACUUAUAGGAAAUUCAACUAGAGUUUGCCAAGAGGACAGUCGUUGGAGUGGAACAAUGCCUCAUUGCUCAGGAAAUAAUCCGGGAAUAUGUGGUGACCCAGGUAUACCAGCCCAUGGAUCUCGUCUUGGAAAUGAAUUAAAAAUAAAAAGCUUACUCCGUUUUCAUUGUGAAAUGGGAUACACACUCAUAGGAUCUGCAGAAAGAGCAUGUUUAUUGAAUGGCUCAUGGUCAGGACUACAACCUUCCUGUGAAGCGGUAACCUGUGGAAAUCCUGGAACUCCAGCCAAUGGCAUGAUCAUUUUCAGUGACGGAAUACUUUUUUCCAGCUCUGUCAUCUAUGCCUGCUGGGAAGGUUACAAAACAUCAGGGUUAACUACUCGACAUUGCACAGCCAAUGGAACCUGGACUGGAAGUGCUCCAGAUUGCUCAGUGAUAACUUGUGAAGAUCCAGGGCCUAUUGCUAAUGGUAUUCAACUAGGAAAAGAUUUUAUAUUUAACAAGACAGUAAACUACCAAUGUAACCCAGGAUAUUGGAAAGACCCUCCCAGCUUAGGCUCAUUAAUGUGUGGCAAAGAUGGCACCUGGAACCAGACAAAACCUACAUGUAAAGCCAUACACUGCAGCCAGCCUCCUCAUGUACUCUAUGGGAAACUGGAGGGGUCAGAUUACAGCUGGGGCUCAAGUGUCAGUUACACAUGUAUUGAAGGCUAUCAACUUUCUAGCCCUACUGUUCUUUCUUGUGAAGGAAGGGGAAUGUGGAGAGGAGAAAUCCCUCAAUGUUUACCUGUAUUUUGUGGUGAUCCUGGGACUCCAGCUGAGGGGCGUAUUAAUGGAAAAAGCUUUACAUAUAAAUCAGAAGUUUCAUAUCAGUGCAGACCGCCUUUUAUUUUGGUUGGGUCUUCUAGAAGAAUUUGCCAGUCUGAUGGCACCUGGAGUGGUAUUCAGCCAACAUGUAUCGAUCCAGCUCAUAACUCCUGCCGAGACCCGGGUACUCCACAUUAUGGUAUGCAGAACAGUUCUAAAGCUUACGAGAUUGGGAGUACAGUCUUCUUUAGAUGUCGCAAAGGAUACCAUAUUCAAGGCUCCACUACACGUAAUUGUCUUGCUAAUUUAACAUGGAGUGGAACCCAGCCAGAAUGCAUCCCUCAUGCAUGCAGGCAACCAGAAACACCCAUGCAUGCAGAUAUGAGAUCAAUAGAUCUACCUACAUUAGGAUACACACUAAUAUAUACUUGCCAGCCUGGAUAUUUUCUAGCUGGCGGAUCAGAGCACAGAACUUGUAAAAGUGAUAUGAAAUGGACAGGAAAACCUCCCAUUUGCAAAAGUAAAGGACUCGGGGAACGUAAUGCGACAGUCACAAAAAACCCAGUUCCUUCAGAUGUUUUUUCAGUAAAUUCAGUAUGGAAGGGGUUUUAUGAAUACCUUGGAAAGCAACAUUCAGCAACUUUAACUGUUGAUUGGUUCAAUAACACAAGCAGCAAAGUGAAUGGAACUUUUUUGGAUACUAGCAACAGUGAAUUAAAGGUAUCAGGUGUUUAUAAAAAAGAAGAAGCCCAUUUGCUUUUGAAAGUUUUCCAGAUUAAAGGUCCUUCAGAUGUUUUAAUAAAGAAGUUUGGAAAUGACAACUGGGCCAUGGAUGGCUAUGUAUCAUCUGGAAGACAAAAGAGUGUUUUUAACUACCAAGGUGAUAUUCCAUCUAAGGAUUUUGGAAAGUUUAUAUUUCAAAAACAAAGUUCUCCUAAUGUCAAUGACUCUUCCAAUAAUUACUAUGGCACAAACAGUAGUUCUGUAGCAGCUGCAAUCUUGGUUCCAUUUUUCGCCCUUAUAUUAUCAGGAUUUGCUUUCUACCUUUACAAACACAGAACAAGACCUAAAGUACAGUACAAUGGAUAUGCUGGUCAUGAAAACAGUAAUGGACAAGCAUCAUUUGAAAACCCAAUGUACGAUACAAACUUAAAACCCACAGAGGCAAAAGCUGUUAGAUUUGACACAACAUUAAACACAGUUUGCACAGUGGUAUAGCCUUUGGUGCCCAUUAUGACUGAUUCAUAGCCAUACCUCUGAUGGACAAGCAGAAAUUCCAUUGGUGCCCUAAACCAAUAUCUCUACUUCUCCCGGCUUUGCCACUGUAAUCUGUAACACCAUUGGUCAGAAAACAAAUCAACAAUUCUUGAUUCAAAUGAGUUGUGUCUUCUGAAGAUCACAUGAGGAAUGGUCCUUCAUUUUCAAUAGGAUUACAUGCCUGGCUGCAAACUGCUUACCAUGAAGGAAUAUUUCAGGAAGACUAUCAAGUCAUGCCACAUUUUUAAUGCCACAUACAUUGUAUGUGGUUGGAUGCCUUUCAUUGCAAUAUUUUGGGCACUUGGAUAAAUAAGCUGGUUACUGUGAUGAAUGAUAACAACACAGUAUACAUAUAUAUUUUUUGUAUCCAAACAAAAGUGAAUGUCCUAAAAAAGAAGAGACAUAUAUCUCCUCAAGGAGAGAACAACCUUAUCUAUGGUUGCACAUACAUAAAAUGCUUUACCAUUAAAUCAAUGAAACUUUUUAAAAGCAACCAGAUUUAUCAGACACUCUUUGUGCACUGGGCCGUUUGCUACUUUUCCCAUUCAGCUGGUGUUGCAAAAUAUUAAUGCACAAUUUUUUUGCACUAGUAUGUUUGAAAUGAGUGAGUACCAUGCUAUCAACAAAAACAGGGUUUAUAAUGACAAUGUUCAAUUGUUUAAAUAUAACCAUGCUCAUUAGACACCCAUUUCACUAGUCACCAGAUUUCACUGUACCAGAAUUCACAAUGAUCCAUGAUUUCCUAACAAUAAGAAACUGUGUUUCUGUUCAUUUUAUUACAGACAGAUUUACAUCAUCAUAAACCAACAUGUGACAUUACGUCCAGAAGCAGCAGUUGAUUUUUGUACAAUAUAUAUUUUAUGUCUUAUUUUCUUAUAAAAAAAUUUAUAAAUAAAAAACAGGGUUGACAUUGAAAAUUUGUAUCAUACAAUUAAACAGCGGGUGUUUGACAAACUGUG